AUGGAGGCCUUUACAUUUGCUGUCUCCACCCAGGUGGACUUUCCGAUUCAAAUCAAAAUUGGCUCUUUGGAAGGAAAGCAGAAAGAGGUCCCCUUUUCUAUACUCCUCAAGCGACCGGAAUUGCGACACCUCGGUUCCGUGCAGAACCCCACAUCCGAUCUCUUCGUCACAGUACAGCUAUGGUCAGACUCGAAACCGCUGGGGGUGCCUUUGCAAACCUCAUAUAGAACGUUCAAAUCGGUCCGCGCCUGGAAUGAAUGGCUCCAGAUGCCUAUGUCACUCAAGGAUGCCCCGUACAAGUGCCAGCUUGCGAUAACCAUUUGGGACUUGUCUCCAUUUGGAGGUGAAGGUGCGCAAGGCCAUUACGUUCCAUUCGGUGGGACAACAAUAUCCCUAUUUGAUGAAGAAGGUAAAUUGAAGAUGGGGAGGCAGAAGUGCAAAGUAUAUCGUCACAAGGCUGCCGAUGGCUUCUCUUCGACAACUACCCCUUCGGUGCCAUCAACGAAGCGACGGAAGACCAAUGCUUCUGAUCCGUUGGGCCCUUCGCCCGAGGAGAUAGAGCUGGAACGAGUAGAGGUGCUGAUCAAGAAGCACGAAAUGGGGGAGAUACCACGAAUCGAUUGGAUGGACCAGAUGGUCUUUCGUCAGCUAGAGAAGUUGAAACUUAAUGCCGAAGAAUCCGCAAGGAAGCGGGCCACCCUUUUAAAGUCGACGAAGCAUAAAUCCCGGGGGAAACAUGGAGACGAUGGAGAUGAUUCAGAUGAGGGGGAUUUAGACGACGAGAACUUCACUCUCUAUGUCGAAUUUCCACGCUUUGACCACCCCGUGGUCUGGUCUGACCACGAGUAUCCUCCUCCCCCGGUCUCGUCGUACCCCCACAAUGCACCUGCCAACCCUAGUUCUGCAUUGAAACCUGCACCGGAGGUUCGUUUUGGCCCCGGAAUCGAAGGUGCUGAUGGAGAGGGGGUGAUCAGAAUAUAUGACCCUGAAGUUGGGCAGACAGGCAAUCCAUGUGAAGACAAACACAGAAGACUCAUUCGUAGUCACCGUACCGGCAUCAUGGACAGAGACCUGAAACCGAAUCCAAAAAUCCGGGAUGAACUAAAUGCCAUACUGUCGUACGAGCCAACGCAAGACCUCACUGCCGAGGAAAAGGACCUUGUUUGGCGCUUCAGGUACUAUCUAACUCGUGAGAAACGAGCGUUGACCAAGUUUGUUAAGUCGAUCAAUUGGCGUGAUGCCGGUGAAUCACAUCAAGCAGUGGAAAUUCUCCCUAAGUGGACCGAAAUCGAUGUCGAUGAUGCUUUGGAGCUCCUUGGGCCAACGUUUGAUAACCCAGCAGUCCGUUCUUAUGCAGUUGAAAGGCUUCGGAAGGCCGACGAUGAAGAGCUUCUCCUUUACCUCCUUCAGCUGGUACAGGCGCUAAAAUACGAGGAAAAUUCCAACAAUGACACAGAGGAUGCUGCCCAUGAUUCGUCACUGGCUAAUUUCCUGAUCACUCGUGCUGCAAAUAAUUUUAAGCUCGGAAGUUAUUUCCAUUGGUAUCUAAUGGUUGAAUGCGAUGACACCAGCCCCGGAACCCUAUCCGCGCAGCGCAGACUCUUCGCUCGGGUAGAAUACUAUUUUAUGACUGAUUUGGAACAAGUGCAUCCUGAGCAUCGAAAGACGCUGUUACGUCAGGGUGAGCUGGUUGCUGUGCUCUCUAAGGUCGCCAAGGAUCUCAGGUUCUCGCGAGAUAGCCGGCCACUGAAGAUUGAGAAACUCAAAAAGUACUUGAAAGACCCUAAAAAUGAGCUUGUGCACAUUGAGCCUCCAUUGCCGCUGCCCUUAGAUCCAGAAAUAUCAGUCACAGGCUGUUUUCCGGACGAGUCCAAUGUCUUUAAAUCUACCCUGUCUCCUCUCCUCAUCACCUUCAAGACAUCUGAAGGGCAGAAGUAUCCAAUCCUGUUCAAAGUCGGCGAUGAUCUUCGCCAGGACCAGCUCGUUAUACAGAUAAUCAUUCUAAUGGACCGUCUUCUGCAAAAGGAAAAUUUGGAUCUUAAGCUGACACCCUAUCGAAUCCUUGCCACCAAUGCUACGGCAGGCGCUGUCCAAUUCAUUCCAUCAGCAUCCUUGUCUGCAAUCUCAGCCAAGCACCGACAUCUUGAGAAUCUUCUCCUCGCCCCAGAUGGCCAUUUCUUCCACGCCGACUUCGGAUUCAUCCUAGGCCGAGACCCCAAACCAUUCGCUCCAAUGAUGAAGCUCUGCAAAGAAAUGGUGGAAGGAAUGGGCGGCACUACGUCUCCUCAUUACCUCCAAUUCAAGCAAUACUGCUUCACCGCGUACACCACGCUGCGCAAGUCGGCAAACCUUAUUCUCAACCUGUUCAGUCUAAUGGUCGACGCCAAUAUCCCCGAUAUCCGCGUUGAGCCGGACAAGGCGGUACUCAAGGUCAAAGAGAGGUUUCAUCUGGAGAUGACGGAAGAGGAGGCUAUUCGUCAUUUUGAGCAACUCAUCGGUGACAGCGUAAAUGCUAUAUUCGGUGUGGUUAUUGAUCGUCUUCAUGAGUUUGUUCAGGGCUGGAGAGCAUGA